AUGGCAAAACCCACAAUAUCCCUAGACCACUGCAGAAUCCCAAGUCAGCCAGACAAAGUUCCACACCUGAAUGGUCAACCACUCCAAAUCAUCGACAACACAGCCGACAACACCGAGGAUCUCUCUCCAGCGAUCGGACUCGCCACAGUCCUCUACAAUUGGUGUCCCGAUGCUCUCUACGCUUUUCUCGAUCUCGAGUCGUGGUUCAGCUUCACCUGGACGCUGACACCGGAUCUGGGAGAACCAAGCGAGUCAAAGCUCGAGAUCGGCCGGAUCAGAAAUCAGAUCACUUUCGGCAAACUUGAUAACGAGGGUCAUUGGAAGCUCAUGAUCGCGUACGAUCUGGAUGAGAAUGGUAUCUGGCAUCCCAAUUUAAAGGAGACUAUGCUGGAUGAUGCAGACGUAACGACUCCUGAUCAGAUCAACAGGUUGGCACAACAAUUCGCAUCAGAUCUUGUCCGAGAAAAGCGAUGGCUCACGGGCAAGAAGAUGAAGCAUGAAUUCUUCAUCGAGUUCGCACCCAUGGAAGACAGCAUCUGGGAUGAUGGAAUCGCCAUGAGCCCUCACUGGCUGUACAAAGCACUGGACUUGAAUCGAUGUACUACUUGCGAUGCUCAAGCGGGUGAAAGCGAGGCGCUGAGUCGCUGCAGGAGGUGUGGUACUGCUGCGUACUGCUCCGAUAAGUGUCAGAAGCAAGACUGGCCGGUGCAUAAAGCUGUGUGCUCCAUGUCGUUGGAUGAAAGAGGGAAAGCGCUGCAUUUGACGAAAGACGGGGGAUUGAUCAGGUGGGUGCAAGCAGGCAUGAAGCCACUGUACGACAUAGAGGAGACGUAA